AGUUAUCACCGUCGUACGCCUUACCCCCUUUGAUUAUUCGACGCGUUUAAAACAACGUAACCCAAACGACAUUCUCAGAGACUUUAAUGGUCUCCGGAAGGAGAAGACUCACCCCCCAAAACCUACCCAUAUAUUCAUUUCUGCUUCAUCAGUUCAUAAUAUCUUCGAUUACAGAUCAGUGCGGCCGGUAAAAUUUUUCCGGUGAAUUUCAAAUUUUGAAAAAAAGAAAGGGAAAGAAAGAAAAAGGGCGCCCGAUUUCCGAAAAGAAGGAAAUGGGUAAGACUCGCUUGCAACCGAGUCAAGACUCGCUCAAAUCCUUCAAUUUUUCGUUGCUUGAUAUCUUCGCAUUUCUGUCGCGAGUUACUCUCAUUUUCUGCCUCGUCUCUUCAAUUUCGCUUGUCCUGUAUUCGUCUUUCGCUACUCGGCAACACUGGCUCCGAUCACCCGCUUUGGUCAGUAAACCCGGACCCGACCUUGGGUCCGGACCUACCAAUAUUUCUCACAUCCUAUUCGGAAUUGGUGGGUCGGCCGCUGCGUGGCAUGAUCGGAGCCGUUACAGUUCUCUCUGGUGGAAACCCAGCAUCACCCGAGGCUUCGUCUGGUUCGACAAGAUUCCCAGAGAUAUCGCAAACAUCCCUUCGACCGUACCGCCCAGGCUCUCCUCCCGGGAUUGGACCAAAUUCCGGUACUCAAGUUCCAGGUCAGCGGUUCGGAUUGCCCGGAUCAUUAAAGAGAGUUUCGAACUGGGUUUGCCUCAUGUGAGGUGGUUUGUGAUGGGGGACGACGACACAGUAUUUUAUCCGGAGAAUUUGGUGUCGCUUUUGAGGAAGUACGAUCACGACCAGAUGUGGUACAUCGGCGGGAAUUCGGAGAGCGUGGAGCAGGACGAGAGGCAUUCGUACGACAUGGCGUUCGGCGGCGGCGGGUUCGCAAUCAGUUAUGUUCUGGCGGAGAAACUGGUCAAGGUGUUCGACGGUUGUCUGGAUAGAUACCAUUAUUUCUACGGUUCUGAUCAGAGGGUCUGGGCGUGUGUGAGCGAAAUCGGCGUCCCGUUAACUAUGGCACGUGGAUUCCACCAGUUUGACAUCAGAGGGAGUCCAUAUGGAGUCCUGGCAGCACAUCCACUGACCCCACUUAUAUCACUCCACCACCUUGACUACCUGGAUCCAAUAUUUCCAAACCAAACCAAGAUAGACUCUUUGAAAGCCCUACACAAUGCGUACCGGGUCGACCCGCCCCGGAUCCUUCAACAGAGCUUAUGCUAUGACUACUCUCGCAGAUGGUCAAUAUCCAUCUCCUGGGGCUACACUAUUCGCUUGUACCUCUCAAUGAUUCCUGCAAUGGAUUUACAGAGUCCAUUGCUGACAUUCAAGACUUGGGCAAGUGGGAUGGAAGGGCCCUUCACAUUCAAUACCAGACGCAUAAGUCCUGACCCAUGUGAGCAACCCAUUUUUUAUUUGCUGGAUCGGGUCGAGGAGGUUGAACGCAUGAGUGGGACCCUGACCAGUUAUAACGUGCUGGAUAAUAAGUGUAAUAGAACAGAUCAUGUCCUUGCAAGAACAGUGCAGAGGAUUGUAGUAUCUGCAAUGAAAAUGGACCCAGAGUACUGGAACAAGGCACCGCAGAGACAGUGCUGCGAGAUUAAGGAUCGAGGGAGUAUGAAGGAUCAAAGCAUGAGAAUUAGGAUUAGAAAGUGCAGGCCACAAGAAACUGUUACUAUUAUUUAGCGGUAGGAAUGUAGUUUACCUUUGUUGAGAAUACUUGCACUCGUGUAGGUAUCAACUCUCAUAUAAAUUUGUAGGCUCGGAGAGGGCUACUAUAGUUUUAGAAGUUAGUUGGUAUCUUUCUUAAUCACCUACGGUCAUGUAAAUAUCAUUUUACACAGCAAUAAAAUGUAGGGAGUUCCAAAUUCCAUUGCAUC